AUGGGAAAGUGGCUGGCGGUCGAUAAGAGGCGGGAACGGUGGCGGUACGCCAUUGGCGGGGCGCCGCGGACGACCGCCGGCGCCGCCGUUGGAACCGCCGCCGUGUGCCGCCGCGUGUGCUGCACACGCAUUUCGGACACCGUGACGCGCGGCCCACUGCAGCUGCUGAUCGGCCGUGCAUGCAUUUACUGUCUACUCAGCGGCAACCCGUCCGCCCGUUUCGCCGGCACAUUUCACGCUCUGCACCGUCACCAAAGAAUCUCACUGCCACCCGCCGAACGUCUCAGCUGUUCACGGCCGGUGCAGGUCAUGAGCAACGGCAAGACCACCACGCCACCAGCCACUGCGGCCAACGCGGCCGCCGCAGCAGCAGCGGCUGCAGCAGCUGCGGCCGCGAUGCUGUUGCACCAGCACCAGUCACCGGCGAUGAACCAUCAUCACGCCGCGGCGGCCGCCGCCGCAGCCGCGGCCUAUCACCAACACCAACAGCAGCAGCACCAACACUUGCAGCAACACCUGCAGCACCGAGCUCAACACGAACAACAAAUGCACCAUCAUCACCAACAGCAGCAACAGCAACAGCAACAGCAACAGCAGCAGCACCAGCAACAGCACGGCGGUACGGCCACAACUGUGGCGGCGGCCGUCCAGGAAGCCGCAGCAGUCGUCCAACAACAGCAGCAGGUGCAGCAGCACAUCAAGCGGCCCAUGAACGCGUUCAUGGUGUGGUCUAGGGGACAACGGCGCAAGAUGGCCCAGGAAAACCCGAAGAUGCACAACUCCGAGAUCAGCAAACGGCUGGGCGCCGAGUGGAAGCUCCUUACCGAACCCCAGAAACGGCCAUUCAUCGACGAAGCCAAACGGUUGAGGUAA